AUGUGGGUGUCCCGUACGCGUCCCAGCCGUGCUCAGGCCGUCUGUGCUGCUCUUCGGCCAUACAGGUUUCCGACCGAUGGGUUCCUGCUUCUGGCCCUGCUGCUUUACGCGCCCGUGGGGCUCUGCCUGCUCGUCCUGCGCCUCUUCAUCGGCGUGCACGUUUUUCUGGUCAGCUGCGCCCUGCCUGACAGCGUGCUGCGACGGUUUAUUGUGCGUGUGAUGUGCUCAGUGCUGGGCUUAUUUGUGCGGCAAAGUGAUCCCAGGCUUCGUGACGUCAGCGUGAGGGUGUAUAUUGCCAACCACGUGACGCAGUUUGAUCACAAUGUCAUCAAUCUCCUGACCUCAUGUAAUACGCCUGCACUGAACGGUGCCCCUGGCUUCAUCUGCUGGUCACGGGGCUUCAUGGAGCUGGGAGUGACGGGCAGCCGCGCAGAGCUGGUGGAUUCCCUGAAGGUGUACUCAUCCCACGGAGGAAACCCACCGCUGCUGCUGUUCCCGGAGGAGGCCGCCACCAACGGCCGGGCCGGCUUGCUGCGCUUCAGCUCUUGGCCGUUCUCAAUCUUGGAUGUGGUACAGCCUGUUGCCCUACAAGUUCAGAGGCCUUUGAUCACUGUGAGUGUGGCUGACUCCUCCUGGAUUACAGAGCUGCUCUGGACCUUCUUCGUUCCCUUCACAGUUUAUCAAGUAAGGUGGAUGCCGUCUGUCCCCAGACGAGCUGAAGAACUGAGUGAGGAUUUUGCGCUCCGAGUUCAGGAGCUCUUGGCCAUGGAGCUGGGUGUGGUAUCCACACGGCUCACUGCAGCAGAUAAGGCUGAACACAUGAAGAGGCUGCGACACACGUCGCUUCUCCCCUUUGCUCCAGCCUCCAGCCAGCCCCUGGCAGCCCGGCCCAGGGUACCCCCCAGCCCGGCGGGGGUUGCUCCUGAGGACGUGCGGAUCACGGCGAUGGCUCAGCGGGUCAAGGAGGUGCUGCCUCACGUGCCUCUGGAGGUCAUCAGGAUAGAGCUGGCCCAAACCGACUGUGUGGAGACCACCAUUGCCAACUUGCUGGAGGGGAGAGUACCCUUCUUCUCUGAAAGUAAGGAGGCUGGUGCUGACCUGCCUGCUCCCUCCGCCGCCCAGGCUGCAGCUGCUUCUGGCAUCCAGGGCUCCGUGGUUCUGCCUUCUAAGCCAGCUACAAAGCAGUUUGCAAAGUCCCCUGUGGAGCGGCAUCUGUCCCUGCAGGAGCGGAAACGAGCGUUGUACGACUAUGCCAGGAGGCUGCCGGAGGCGCUGGCGGUUCACAGCGAGGCCUGGCUGUUCUCGGGGGAGGAUUGGGCUUUCGCAGCACGGUUCAUUCCCAGCCGGCCGGUGCUUAACGGCAGCAUGCGCAGGAGGUGGUGGAGGGUGGACAUCUGUCAGCUGAGGGUGGUGGUCGCAGGAGUCUGGUGGUCUCGCAGCGUCCCCUCUUCGUUCUCCCAG